GUGCGUGCGGGCGCGACAGAGACGCACCGAUAGGUAACCAAUAUUUGACAUUCGCUCUAUACAGUGCGCUCGCAUGUGUGGUACACAGGCCGGGGAGUGUGUGUGCGAGAGAGAGCGCGACAGAGGGGUGGGGUGCUGAAUGAAACAUACCAUCUGUCGAAUAGGAUACACAACAGCAUUUAGAUCCGCGUUAACAUUUCACUAGAUCAAUAUAUAUCGCUCCGUUUAACAAUUCACGGUUUUCGUUCAAUCUGUUGGUCCGUUGUUCGGUUCUGCAUUGUUGUUGUUGUUUGUUGCCGUACUCGACCGUGUGCCCGGCACAGUGUGUUUUGUUGUUUUCGGGGGGUGGCACUUCGUCCGACGCCGGCUGUGCGACAUUGCGGCGUGUCACAGGUUAUUUCUUGGGGGUUGUUCAAUUAAACAGAGCCACCACGUCGUGCCUACAGGAUUGCGCCAUGGGGUGCACCGUAUCAGCGGAGGAGAGGGCCGCCGCUGCCAUCACCCGAAAAAUCGACCAGUCUCUCAAAGAGGAGAGCGAGAAGGAGAAACGGGUUGUCAAAUUGCUCCUUUUAGGUGCUGGUGAAUCGGGGAAAAGUACAAUAGUAAAACAGAUGAAAAUUAUCCACGAAAGUGGGUUCACCAGUGAGGACUUCAAACAAUAUCGACCGGUAGUCUAUAGCAAUACAAUCCAGUCCCUGGUGGCGAUCCUAAGGGCGAUGCCCAACCUCGGAAUUAGUUACGGGAACAACGAGAGAGAGAUUGACGGGAAGAUGGUGUUUGAUGUCAUACAAAGAAUGGAAGACACCGAGCCGUUCUCGGAAGAAUUGUUGGCGGCGAUGAAGAGGUUGUGGGCCGAUUCAGGUGUGCAGGAGUGCUUUGGACGAUCCAACGAGUACCAACUCAACGAUUCUGCCAAAUAUUUCCUCGACGACCUGGAUCGACUGGGCGCCAAAGAUUACCAGCCUACAGAACAAGAUAUUCUUCGAACACGCGUGAAAACAACGGGUAUCGUUGAAGUACACUUCUCCUUUAAGAACCUUAAUUUUAAGCUCUUCGAUGUCGGUGGACAGCGAUCAGAAAGAAAAAAGUGGAUACACUGUUUCGAGGACGUCACAGCGAUUAUCUUUUGCGUGGCGAUGAGCGAAUACGAUCAAGUUCUACACGAGGAUGAAACGACGAAUCGGAUGCAAGAAAGUUUAAAACUGUUCGACUCCAUCUGCAACAAUAAGUGGUUCACGGACACGUCUAUAAUUCUUUUCCUGAACAAGAAAGAUUUGUUCGAGGAGAAAAUUAGGAAAUCACCUCUCACAAUAUGUUUCCCAGAAUACGGAGGGGCCCAGGAGUACGGUGAAGCGGCAGCCUACAUUCAGGCCCAAUUCGAGGCAAAAAAUAAAUCUACAACCAAAGAAAUAUACUGCCACAUGACCUGCGCCACCGACACGCAUAACAUCCAAUUCGUGUUCGACGCAGUCACAGACGUAAUCAUAGCUAAUAAUCUGCGCAACUGCGGCCUCUACUGAAACCAACCGAUUUCGUAUUAUAAUUAUUACUAUAAUUAUUCCUUUCCUCACAUUACUGACUUUAGUACAUUGUUGAGCCAAAAAUUGAUAAGUGCUGUUUGUAUUUGCGGUUUGCUCGCACGACACCUCCGAUCUAAUCGUAUGUCCACGUGUCGGACGUGUCGGCAUCGCAAAUACACUGAAACUGUACCAAAGUUGAGUGAGACAUUGAAAAUGUGUUCUUUUUGUUAUGGAUUUUAAAUAAGUUUAAUAAAAAAAACUGAUAGUUAUGUAAAAAGUAAGCGUCUGGUUAUACUGUGCCGCAAUCCUUUAUUGUAUGGGUCCCAUCGUUUACAUAAACUAGUGCAACAAACAUCACAUACAAAUGUGGAUAAUGUCGCAAAUAUAUCACUGAUAGAUCGAAUGAAGAUCACUGUACAUUACACAUGACGCACACAGUACAAUCAUCAAAGUUUUCUACUCGUAAUACGUAACGACAAAAGCAUGUGCACAAAUAAUCUAAUAAGUUAGUCCCGUCAAAAAGCCAUUACGUGAUGUUGAUGUUCAUGGAUAUGCGAUUUCAGUUCCACAAAUUGGUCAGAUGAUGUGAUGCUAUCGUCAAAGAUUUCGAAUUGUUGACUAUUUCUAGGAUUUAAAUAAUGGAACCCAGUGCAGCAAUGAUUGCUAAUUGUGCUUGAUAAUACAGAACAUCUACUUGAUUACAAUGUUGUACAAUUUCUAUCCUUGUUCUAAAAUGAUGCACACAUCUCUCGGUUCAAACGCACAUUUCUUCUAGCAUAAAUACUUACUCAACAUUGUAAAAUAAAAUAAACCUUUACGCAGACCUUGCACAAACGUGCCAUUAGGGAGAUUGCAUUUAUUAAUGUAUUAGCUUUUGUAUUUUUUUUUUGUUUGUUUUAUUUACUAUUUUUUAUAAGUCUAAUUAAUGUUAUUUAUGUUUUAUAAUUUUAACAAAAUGAAUUUAACUUUAUAAAAAAUAUAUAUUAUACAAGCUGCAAAGGUAUCCAUACUAUUAACACAAUUUUUUAAACCAACCAACAAAUUAAUAACCAAAAGUGGUUUCGCACAAGCUAUCUUAUCUAUCUAUCCAGACAGAUUAUUUAUUGAAGUUGAAAUAAAAAAUAGUCACAAGAACAGUUUUGUGUUAACCGUAUGGCUGUCAAUGUCUUAGUUUUAGUUACCAAGUAAGUACCUACAUGUUAAAUAAUGUGGAACAAAAUUAUUAAUUGUCAGCUCAAGUAGCCAUUGAAACUAUAUAUAAAAUAAUAUUAAACAUUCUAAUUGAUAUAAACUACUUGUAUGUAUUACGUUUUGUUUUAAUAACAAUAUAAUAACAUGUUCUUUGGCUAGUGUUACUCUUUGAAAGAUUUCUACGCGAAACAUAUCUGAGAGUCGGCAAAACUACUUACUACUUAAUUUUGACGACUUUCGCACAUGAAAGCAAUUGAAAUUUUCUACGGAGAUCCGCGGUAUGUUGUUAUAUUGUGCACAAAAAAAAAAAUAAGGAUGUUCUCAAAUCAGGUAAAAAUGGACCUUUAUAAUAGAAUUAAAAAUAUAUACAUUUAAUGUGUACAUAAAUAUAUGGCGCUUUAACGUUCAAGAAAAGUAGCUUCAGUAAUAUUUUGUAGUGUAGUCUAUGCAUUUUUUUUUGACGAAUCAUUGUAAUGUAAUGCAUUUUUCGUGAUACAUUCCUCAGAUAUUUUGUAUCUCAUCUUCUUUCAUUUGCCAUAUCUUGAACAAACAAACUUUUUUUCGACUAUUAUGAGAAAAUACAAUCACCCAUUAUAGCAAAAAAAACAUUAGUACUUGUCGUAUUUCAUAAAUUUAAAAAGAAAUAAUUAACAUAAAAUUAAAUAAUAUCGCUCAAUUAUGAAUUUUCCAAUGUUGCUACAAAAUAUACGUUUAAAGAUCAAUGUUCGAACAUGUGUUUGCACGACAGGUUUCUCUGUUUAUGGCACCUAAAUUGUAUAAUUAGCUAUACUUAUGAUUCUUCCAAAAUUUAACUAAUUAAGAAACGCCCACCUAGAGGGAAGCAAGUCAUAAAGAGUUACGUAAAUGUAUGUUGAUGCACUUUUAGAAACACAUGAAACAUUUGUUUUGUUAACGAACAACUACAAAUCAAUUAAUCUUAUUAAUAAAUAAUAAGACUGAUUUACCACCACAUAAAAGUUUAUUGUCUAUAGGUGAUGCGCCUAGGUCGUAGUUUUGUUUUCACAGUUAUAUAGUUUUAUGUUAAUUAUUUUAAAGUCAGACAAGUCAAGUUGUGUAUAAAUAAAUAAAUAGGUUUGUAAGUGAUUAAAUGUUUGGUAGUAUACUAUUGAGUCAUUAUAAGUUUUCUAGUCAGAUUAUUUUCUAAUUGUAACUUUUUGGCAUUAUAAAAGUUUUUGUAAUUUAUUUCAUGAAAAAUAAAUUGAACAUAUGAACGACCAUUGUUUUAAUUUAACGACAGCUUCAACUUUCAUGUAAUUUACUAAAAUAUGCAGAUUUAAGGGACAAAUAGGUGAAACAGUUCACAUCUAUACGGAUAGACAAAAAGUAGUCCAAAAUGGACAAUUUACUAUCUACUUAUAUGUUUUUCUAGACGAGAAACCAUCUUUUUUACAUACUUUCAAUUGAAUAUAACCUAUUGUAAAGUAUUUUUAAUAUGUCUUGAUAAAUGCAAGUGUUUACCUAAAUAUAUCAUUUUUUUAAGUAGUAUUUUAUAUUUCAGUGUUUUAUUAACGAUUUAGGUGAAUUUCAGUGUUUCAAAUAUUUAGGUAAAUUGUAUUUAUUAAACUGUUUUUCCUUCAUAAUGCACAUAAACGCCAUAUUUUCUGGAUUGAUCAAGAAAAAAUGUGAUUUUUAUUCAUAUACAAUUGUACAUUUUUUGUUGUUCAAUGCUGAAGCUUUCACUACAAUUAUAAACGGUUACUUCACAAUUUACAAUAUAUUUUAAACGUCUCAUGAUUUAUAAACAUAUCCGUAUUUUUAUUCAAAUUUUAAUAUUGUGUGUCCGUAAUCAAUUAAGCAUUUUAAUGGAUAAAAACUAAACUGUUAUUAUAUACAUGACUAUUAGACCACUUUGUAUAGAACGAAAUUUUAUUGUUAAAUCAAGGGACGUCAUAUUAAUGAUAAGCACUUGCAUAACAUACAUUGUUGCUUAGUUGUGGAAUAAAAAAUAAUUUUAAGAUAUAUGAGAUACUGAGAUAGAACGAUGUACUUGUUUUCCAAUAAAUAUCAGUAAUUGUAACAUUCAUAAAUACAGAGGUUGUCCUCUCAUUGUAUGUUUGUUUCUCUGUGAUGUGAAUACGAUAAAUAAAUUUUACCCAUUUCGAAAUAA